AUGCACCUCCCCAACCUCCUCACCCUCGGCCUAAGCCUAACCCUCAGCGCAACCACCGCCCUCGCCGCACCCAAAUCCACCUCCUCCCCCAGCAAAACCACCCCCUCCAGCAGCAGCUCAUCCGAUGGCUUCACCCACCCGGGCGUCUUCCUUUCCUCAGCCCAACUCUCGCACAUCGCCUCGCAGGUCUCCUCCAACGCCUCCCCCCAAGCCCCCGCCUACUCCUCCAUGAUGUCGCACGAGUUCGCAUCCCGAACGACCCCCUCCCCCUUCUCCACCGUCGAAUGCGGCCCCACCUCCACCCCGGACGUCGGCUGCCACGAGGAGCGCGAGGACGCACUCACGGCGUACCUAAACGCCCUGGCGUGGGUGGUGACGGGGAGCGAGAAGUUCGCGGCGCGCGCGAUCGACUUCAUGAAUGCGUGGGCGGGCACGCUCAAGGCGCAUACGAACUCCAAUGCCCCGCUGCAGGCGGCGUGGUCUGCUGCGACGUGGGCGCGCGUGGCCGAGAUCAUCCGGUAUACGGAUGCCGGGUGGGAGGAGAGUGAUGUGCACCGCUUCGAGGACAUGUUGAGGGAUGUGUAUCUGCCGGAGAUUAUUGAUGGGGCGCCGGGGAAGAAUGGGAAUUGGGAGUUGGUCAUGAUGGAAGCAGCGCUGGGAAUCUCGGUGUUCAUCAACGAUAGAGAAAGCUACGACAAGGCCAUGGAGACGUUUCUGAAGCGAGUGCCGGCGUAUAUCUACCUCACCAAAGACGGCGACCUCCCCAAAACCAGCCCCGAAGACAACCUCUCCUCAUCAUCCGCGAUAACCUCCUUCUGGCAAGGCCAAUCCACCUUCCCAGAGAACGGCAUCUCGCAGGAAACGUGUCGCGACUUCGCGCACACGGGGUACGGCAUCGCGUCGAUCGCGCACGUCGCGGAGACGGCGCGGAUCCAGGGCCGCGAUCUGUACGAGGAAGACACGGGCGAGAGGCUGCGGUAUGCGCUGGGGUUCCACACGAAGUAUCAGCUGCAGGGGUCGUUGCCGGACGAGAUUUGCGGCGGGGAGUUGAAGAGGGAGUUGGAUGAUGUGACUGAGGUGGCGUUCAAUGGUCUUUCGUUCAGGGGGAAUCAUACCAUGACCAAUACGGAGAAGUAUACCCUGGAGCGACGUCCUGCUGGGACGGAUAAGUUGUUCAUCGGGUGGGAGACGCUGACUCAUGCGGAGAAUGAUGUGUGA